CCGCCAUUGCUGCUUAAAUUUUCCUGUCGCCUUCAUUUUUGUGUUCUUUGGCGCAAACGGUCCUUUGAUCUUUGUAUUCUUUUCAGCACCUCUCUAUCACUGUAAUUCCAACCCAGUGUUUAUACCCCCUUCACAAUGUCCGCCGACGAGAACCAGACUCAGCCCGAGUCGCAAUUCCAGAAGCCCGGUGAUCUGGUGGAGCGCAAUGAUGACACCGGUGUUAUGAGCUUGGAGAGUCUUUGCACCAACUGCCACGAGAACGGUACCACCAGACUCCUGCUCCUUCGUGUGCCCUUCUUCCGUGACAUUAUCCUCGAAUCGUUCGAAUGCGAGCACUGCCACUUCAAGAACAACUCCGUCAAGUCUGCCGGCCAGAUCCAGGAGAAGGGCGCCAAGUACACCCUCGAAGUUGAGAACGAGACCGACAUGCAGCGCCAGGUCAUUCGCAGUGAUACCUCGAUCUUCAAGCUCGAGACUCUGGGUAUCGAGAUGCCCAAGACCGACGGCCAGAUGACCACCGUCGAGGGUGUUAUCCAGAAUAUUUACGAGUCUCUCUCCAGCGAGCAGCCUCUUCGCAAGGAACAGGCCCCUGAACUCCACGAUGCCCUCGUGCCCAUCAUUGAUAGGCUCAAGAGCAUGCUCGACCGCGAGGGAUACCCCUUCACUGUCUCCCUCGACGACCCUACUGGUAACUCUUGGAUUGCUCCCACCACCGCCGAUGACGUCAAGAAGUACAAGCGCCGCGACUACCCUCGUACCCACGAGCAGAAUGAACAGCUUGGUAUCGCUGCCGACCCCAACGCUGUGCAGCAUGAAGGUACCGCCGAAGCCGAGGAGGACGAUAUUAUCGCAGGAAAAGUUUAUAGCCUGCCCUCCGAAUGCCCUGGCUGCAGCAAGGAGUGCUUUACCAACUUCAAGAAAUUGGACAUCCCCUACUUCAAGGAGGUGUACGUCUGGGGUACCUCCUGUGAACACUGCGGAUACCGCACCAGUGAAGUUAAGACUGGUGGCGAGGUCCCCGAGAAGGGCAAGCGUAUCACCCUCAGUGUCGAGAACGAGACCGAUCUUGCCCGUGAUAUCCUUAAGUCCGACACCUGCGCGCUCUACAGUGAGCAGCUCGAGGUUACCGUCCAGCCCGGUACCUUGGGUGGUCGUUUCACCACCGUCGAGGGUCUUCUCACCGAGAUCCGCGACCAGCUGCGCGGUCAGAUCUAUGACAUCGACGACACCACCGGCUCCGGCGGAGACAGCAUGGCCUCCUCCGACAAGGAGAAGUGGGAGCGCUUCUUCAAGCGUCUCGACGCUGCUAUUAGCGGCGAGAUGAAGUUCGUCAUCACCCUCGAGGACCCCAUGGCCAACAGCUACGUCCAGGACCUGUGUGCUCCUGCCGCUGAUCCCCAGAUCAAGACGGAGGAGUACACCCGCACUGAUGAGGAGGAAGAGGAGCUCGGUCUGAAGGACAUGAAGACGGAGGGAUACGAGCAGGACGCGGAGAACAAGCCUGCUGAUGAGCAGCAGUGAUAAAUACCUCCGUUAUACCCGUUAGACUCUGCUUUCGCGUUUCUCUUUGAUGACCUUGGUCUUGUCUCUGUUACGAUGUGCAUGAACUUCACACGCUUGGCCCCUUCGUAUAUAUGCAUUGCGAUGACGUUUUACGUUUGGCCUUGUUUUCUUUUGUUUUGCUUUUAGAUAUCCGGUGCAUGUUGGCAUUGUCAUAUGGUGUGGUUGUGGGGUGUUCCACUUUUUGUUACUCAUAGUUUGGGGGUGAUAUCCAUGGGUUGUGAAAAAAAGUUCAUUGAUGAUGUGUGCUUUUAGAGAUAUCAUAUACGAACCAUGUAUAGAUGACCGUC